GUUAUUUUUUUUCCUCUUCGUCCCGGCGCCGCCACUCUCCUCUUCCCUCUCGCGCCCCGCCGCUGACGAAGAUCCCGGCCAUCUCCAUCUCCUCCCAUGGCGUUGGAGAAGAAGCAGUCGAACCCGAUGCGGGAGAUCAAGGUGCAGAAGCUCGUCCUCAACAUCUCCGUCGGCGAGAGCGGCGACCGCCUCACCCGCGCCUCCAAGGUGCUGGAGCAGCUCAGCGGGCAGACCCCGGUGUUCUCCAAGGCGAGGUACACCGUGCGCUCGUUCGGCAUCAGGCGUAACGAGAAGAUCGCGUGCUACGUGACGGUGAGGGGGGAGAAGGCGAUGCAGCUGCUGGAGAGCGGGCUCAAGGUCAAGGAGUACGAGCUGCUCAGGAGGAACUUCAGCGAGACCGGCUGCUUCGGCUUCGGUAUCCAGGAGCACAUUGAUCUUGGCAUCAAGUAUGAUCCUUCAACAGGUAUCUAUGGAAUGGACUUCUAUGUUGUGCUUGAGCGUGCUGGUUACCGUGUUGCCCGUCGUCGUAGGUGCAAGUCCCGCGUUGGGAUUCAGCACAGGGUGACCAAGGAGGAUGCCAUGAAGUGGUUCCAGGUCAAGUAUGAAGGAGUCAUCCUCAACAAGGCCCAGGCGAAUACCUCUUAAAACAUAUUUACCUAGGUUCAGUUGUUAGAAAAGCUUUGAGCAGAAGUUCACCUUUCAUGUUAUGUUACUUGAUGAAUUAUCCGGCCAGAUGUUUUAUCAAUUACCUGAAAGCUAGGAGCAUGAUCCUUGGCCAUACUUGUGCUUUUACAUGGAAACAUGGAUUACCUUCGUUUCA